AUGGUGGUGAAUAUCUCAAAAAGCCAGGGAAUGAAUCCUAAAGUUGUUGCUUCUAUGAAGGACUGUGUGGAGGAGCUUAGUGAUUCAGUGUACGAGCUGAACAAGUCUAUAAGAGAGAUGAACAAUGUUAAGGGCUCUAACUUUCAGCUUAUGAUAAAUGAUAUUAAUAUACAGACUUGGGUUAGUGCUGUUUUGACGGAUGAGACUUCGUGCACUGAUGGAUUUCAAGGGAAAGCCAUAAAUGGGAACGUGAAGACCCUUGCGAUGGGUAGAAUUGUGAACGUUGCACAAUUGACUAGCAAUGCCUUGGCUUUGAUUAAUCGAUAUGCCUGUCUUCAAGGUUAA